AUGAACGACAUAGUUGCUCCAACCAUACAGAUAGAGGUGGCUUGCAGCCACGGAUUUAAUAAAGCGGAGCAGAGCUGUUUGGUUUACCAGCACGUGCACGACAUUUUAGAAGAACGCGAAACUAUUCAGAUGGGCACCACUUUCACCAUACCGGUGCCGUUCGUUGUGCAAGUCGAGGUGUGCACGAACAUCGAUCAGUACAUGGUACGUUCGGCGCUGCAGUUCAACUUCUACGUUCUCCAGCAGACACCUACCGUGGCGGAAACUAUUAAACAUUGUUCGGAAGAAAUGGAAAUAUCCCAACACAUGUUGCUUCCGUCCGAAGAGUUGCACGGCCUGUGGGAGAGUUUGAUCUACGAGGAAGGGAUAAAGGACAGUGUGUUAGCGUUUGCCGAAAGUUCCAUGCUUUUUACACGCAAGGGCGUGGAUAAGAAUUUGAUCACCUGCAAUCGUCUGGCACUGUUUCACGGACCACCGGGCACGGGCAAAACGAGCCUCUGUAGGGCCAUCGCUCAAAAGUUGGCCAUUAGGUUGUACUCACAAUACCGGCACGCCCAUCUGGUGGAGAUCAACAGCCAUAGUUUGUUUUCUCGGUGGUUCUCCGAGAGCGGCAAGCUGGUGCAGAAAGUAUUUAGUGAGAUUUUCGGAUUGCUAGACGAUGAGCAUUCCUUGGUCUGCGUGCUUGUGGACGAGGUAGAAUCCAUCGCAUAUUCUAGGGAAAAAAUUUCUUCAAACGAACCGAGCGAUAGCAUACGGGUAGUGAAUGCCGUGCUAACUCAACUAGAUCGUCUACGUCAUUUCCCGAACGUAUUCAUCCUCGCAACUUCCAACUUGACGGACAGCAUCGAUACGGCGUUCCUUGAUAGAGCCGACUUCGUGCAGUUUAUAGGUCAUCCGACGGAACGCGCCAUUUACGAAAUUUAUCGUACGGCUUUGCACCAUCUGCAAACCAUUGGUGUUGUUGAAAAGGAAGGAAAAUCAAAUCGGCGAUUGUCCGCAUCGGCGUUUGACAAUAUACCGAGCUACGAGGUUGCCAUAGAUCCAGGAAGGGCGAGUUGCACCGUACUCGACAUUUUGCUACAGAUCGUUAAACUGUCGUCAGGACAGAGCGGUCGAACGUUGCGCAAAAUUCCGUUCCUUGCGCAUGCGCUGUUUGUGAAGAAGGAAACGGACAGUAUGCUGAACUUCCUCACCGCCAUGCGUCAAACAAUUCGUAAGGUACAAAGUGAUAAGUGCCUGCUGGCAAAGGGCAACUUAUCGGAGGAAUGUAAUGCCACAUUGCAUAAAUCGUUAUGA